UACGCAAUCUAUCCGAUUCAUCUUCUAAUCCCCACCCCACUCCACCCAAAAUAUACAUACGCAGACAUAUAUAGUAAAAUACGCACAAAUCUCUCUCUCUACAAAAUCACUCUCUCAAACCUCCCUUCUUUGUAUCUUUAAGCAUAGGCCCGGUAUGUGCACGUAAUUAUUAACCUAAGUUACUAAUAUUUCUCCUUCCCUGUCUCUCUAUACGUACAGAGUGAGAGAGCAGGUGGCUACUUCAGAAUUUUCUCUCUUAUCAUCCUGUCGUUGACAUUCAUCUUUCACGCACAAAACACGCAUAGUUAGAUAUCUUUAACUUCCCUAUAUUAUAAUUUUGCGAUAUAUACCAUACAGUUGUAAAAUCAUGACGGAAACUGGGUCGUCAUAUUGAAAUACAGACAAUACAGAGAAUUUUUUGUGGGCUUGUAAAUUGAUGGCGUUUCCAAAUCAUUUGUCGCAAGAAAUGGCUUUACAGCAUUUUUCAGACCAACAUUUAAGCCAGAAUUCAUCGGUUCUGCGGAAUAUACUCCCCGAACAUCUGGGGGAUCAUUCUCCUGUGGAAGAAAAGCCUCCGGAACACCAUCACCACCACCAACCACCGCCAACUUGGCUGAACAGUGCGAUUCUCCGCCAGCAGGGCCAGUUCUCGACCAGUGGAGAAGGGAAUUUUCUCAAUUUGCAAACUAACUCCGACUCCCCCUCUGCCGCCGCGGCGGCGUUGCAGGUGCCCAACAAUCAGUGGCUUUCGCGGUCGAUUUUGCAGCGGAAUAUCAGUGAUGUGAGGGAUGAUAUUCAGGUGUCCAAUGCUUCGAUGAUCGCUGCCGCAAUUUCUCAUGAAUCCGCCGAUGUAAACAAUAACAACAACCAUAGCGCGAAUGAUAACAAUGACCUAACGGAGAGUGGAGGUGGCGCAACCGGUGAUGGAGUGAUGAAUUGGCAUAAUGCGAGGUACAAAGCAGAAAUUUUAUCGCAUCCAUUAUAUGAGCAGUUGUUAUCGGCCCACGUGGCAUGCUUGCGCAUAGCGACGCCGGUGGAUCAGCUACCAAGGAUUGAUGCACAGCUCGCACAGUCACAGCAAGUUGUGGCCAAAUACUCCGCCCUUGGCCAUGGAAAUCUUGGUGGUGAUAAGGAGCUCGAUCAGUUUAUGACACAUUAUGUCUUACUGCUAUGUUCAUUCAAAGAGCAACUACAGCAGCAUGUGCGUGUUCAUGCAAUGGAAGCCGUUAUGGCCUGCUGGGAGAUUGAACAAUCCUUACAAAGUUUAACAGGAGUUUCGCCAGGAGAUGGAACAGGUGCCACAAUGUCUGAUGAUGAUGAUGACGACCAGGUAGACGGUGAUACGAACUUGUUUGAUGGAAGUAUGGAUGGUCCUGACAGUAUGGGAUUUGGUCCGCUGAUCCCAACGGAGAGUGAAAGAUCAUUGAUGGAGCGUGUAAGGCAGGAGCUAAAGCACGAGUUAAAACAGGGUUACAAGGAAAAGAUUGUGGACAUCAGAGAGGAAAUUUUACGCAAGAGAAGGGCGGGAAAGCUCCCCGGGGAUACGACCUCAGUGUUAAAAGCUUGGUGGCAAUCACAUUCCAAGUGGCCAUACCCGACAGAGGAUGAUAAGGCAAGAUUGGUUCAGGAAACAGGAUUGCAAUUAAAGCAGAUAAAUAAUUGGUUCAUCAAUCAAAGGAAGCGGAACUGGCACAGUAAUCCUUCCUCUUCUACAACCUCGAAAAGCAAACGCAAAAGUCCAACAGGUGAAAACAGCAGCAAUAGAUUCGUGUAAAUGAAGUGGUAUAAUCAAGAAAAAGAGCUUCCAGAGUAUUUUCUGUUCAUGCUUCUGCUUCGAUUACUAUAUUAAACACCUGUGGCAUACUGCAAUACUGAAUUCUCAUGGUAAGCAAAAGCUCUCAAAGACCGCUAGCAUUGAUAUGGACGCAAAGGAUUGUACUUAAAAUUGGAAAAAACACGCAGCAUUAGAUGUUAUAACGCUAGGAAGUUUUUUAAGUUUUUAUAUACACGACGACAACUGGGUUAAAUACUUGAAUGUCUUGGUGAAGUUGGUCGAGUUUUGUUUUCUGUUUCCAUAUGUGUGUACAAUAGGAACAGCACGGUGGUGUACAGUUGAAUAAUCUUUGUCCUGCUGCUAGGUAUGUGGUUUUCUUGUAGCAAUGUAGUGGUAACAUAUAUAAGAAUAUAAAGUAGCUGUAAUUUUGUACUCUAAUUCCAACCAUAUGAUGCAUUGGUACACUUAUCUUCUAAAUUUUAUUGAAUUGGUGUUUAUGAUUGUUCA